UCGAAGUCCCGGCCUGAGUUGGAAACCUGACAGUGCAGGACCGACUCUGCUCUCAUCGCCAGGCCCGGCUAAAGCUGCGCAGCUCGUACUCCUCCCGCGAUCAUGGCUGGCAAACGCGCGUUGGUGAUUCUGUCUAAAGGCGCAGAGGAGAUGGAGACGGUGAUCCCGGUGGACGUCAUGCGCAGGGCUGGGAUCGCUGUGACGGUGGCAGGAUUGACGGGGAAGGAACCAGUGCAGUGCAGCCGUGACGUCAUGAUCUGCCCGGACUCAAGCCUGGAAGACGCCAGAAAACAGGGCCCCUAUGAUGUGGUGAUGUUACCAGGAGGAGCUUUGGGAGCACAGAACCUGUGUGAGUCCCCCGCUGUGAAGGAGGUGCUGAAGGACCAGGAGGGCAGGAAGGGACUGAUCGCAGCUAUCUGUGCAGGCCCGACGGCCCUGCUGGCCCAUGGCAUCGGCUUUGGCAGCACAGUCACCACCCACCCUGGUGCCAAGGACAAGAUGAUGAAUGGAGAUCACUAUAAGUACACUGAGGCUCGGGUGCAGAAAGACGGACACAUCAUCACCAGCCGCGGGCCUGGGACCAGCUUUGAGUUCGCCCUGACCAUCGUGGAGGAGCUGAUGGGGGCAGAGGUCGCUGCCCAGGUCAAAGCUCCACUCAUCCUGAAAGACUGAGCCUGGGGCCACAACCUCUGACUCCCCCGCAGCCACGCCUACCCCAGACUGCACGCUGUGUUACACAGGAGAACACAGAGGGGGAGUCUUUUUGCUGUGCUUAGUGAAAGGGUAGAAUAGACUGAAGGUGUCACAUGACAUGCUUUGCUAAAGUGGCUAAGCUCUGGUCUCCCUCUUAUUGCACUUAUUGUCAUGUUAUCACUAGACCUGGUGAGAAGUUUAAAGUUCCCCAAAAUAUUCCAUCUGUCCUAAAAUCAGUGUGCACUUCAAACAGCAAGGAUUUCACUGGUUUGGAUUAACGAGACUUGAUAUGUUCAGUGGAAUUUGCACUUAGAAAUGCUGACAAACAGUUAAUCAGUUAAUAAAUGUGAGAAAACUUGUCAA